AUGUUGGGAGAGGAAUUGUACUUGUACUUAGCAGUGACUCCACAUGCUAUAAGUUCAGCGUUAAUCAGAAAAAAAGGAAGGGUGCAGAAGCCAGUCUACUACAUAAGCAGAGUGCUCAGAGGAGUGAAAGGACAUUAUCCAUUGAUAGAGAAAUUGGCCUUUACACUAAUAACAGCUUCUAGGAAGUUGAGACAUUACUUCCAAGCUCAUGUUAUCAAUGUCAUGACGGCUCAUCCACUCAAGAAGGCAAUGAACAAGUUGGAAGCCGCAGGACAACUAAUCCAAUGGGCUGUCGAGCUUAGCGAAUUUGACAUUAGGUACCAACCCAGAAAUGCAAUAAAAGCUCAAGCCCUGACAGACUUCAUUGCAGAGUUCAUUCCGAGUUAUGAUGACUUAAGCGAGGUGGAGAAUAGUAAGAAGUGGAUCGUCUGUGUGGAUGGAUCAUCUACACAGCAUGCAGGAGGAAUAGGAGUUGUUUUACUAUCCCCGGAGGGAGAUAAAUUGAAGCAUAAGGUUUGUCUGCAGUAUCAAACAACCAACAAUGAAGUUGAGUAUGAAGCCCUUCUUAAAGGGUUGGAGUUGGCUAAAUCUGUGGAAGCAAAAUCGAUACUCAUACUGGGAGACUCUCAACUAGUCAUAGGCCAAGUAAAUGGGACAUGUGAAGCCAAAGAAGAACGAAUGAAGAAGUACCUUAAUAAGGUGGUAUGCCUUGUAAAGAAGUUUAAGGAAGCUGAUUUCGUUCAGAUCUCAAGAGAAGAAAACAUGGAAGCAAAUACUUUAGCAAAGGCAGCCUCAGCGAGUGAAGUAAUGGACGAGUUAGAUGAAAUUCAAUACCUGCCCAGCAUAGACUUUCUAGAAGUACAACAGAUAAAAGGUGAAGAAAAUUGGAUGACUCCAAUAUUAUCAUACUUGAAGGACGGAAAGCUUCCAGAAAGAAAAGACGAAGCCAGGAAGCUUAGAGUCAGAUCAGCCAAAUACGUCCUCAUGGAUGAGGUACUAUACAAAAGGGGUUUUUCGCAACCUUAUCUGAGGUGUUUAGCUCCGGACGAGGCCAAUUAUGUAUUGAGGGAGAUUCAUAAUGGAGCAUGUGGCAACCAUUCAGGAGCCAGAUCACUUGUCCACAAAGUCGUCCGUGCAGGCUACUACUGGCCAAAUAUGCAAGUUGAUGUCAAGGCAUAUGUCAAGGUCUGCAAUCAAUGCCAACGGUUUAGUAACGUCCCCAGAUAA